AAACUAAAGGAGAGAGAGAGAGAGAGAGAGAGAGAGAGAGAGAGAGCAGCGCGCGCACGCUGCGUUUAUUCACUUAUUUCUCUCCACUUUACUCGUCUGGACAUUAUGAUCAGAAGUCGUUUCGUGCCCGAGUUCCCCCCUGGUUUCCCCCCACCACUUUAGACUAGUUUGACAUUUUGAAUUUUGGUAUUUAUUUACCUUGAGGACUUCAAUGGCGCGUGCAUCCUGACGCGCGCGCGCGCCCUGGAGAGACUUUUUCCCCUCCCGUGUGAAAAUGUCCGGUUGGAGCAUGGUCCACGUCGCACCCGCCGGAGCUUAUGGAAUAUAGCCUGCUUCGCGCACAUCAUCCGUAUGCUCUGUCAGCGAGUCCUGUGAGGCGGAAGCUCGCGCUGUUCGGCAUCAUGCUCGUGCUGUGGCUCUACGUGCUGUACUCGUGCGUGGGCUCGUGCGCCACCGUGCCGAGUUUACGCGCGGACCGGCGCCGGCCCGAGGACGCGGGCUUAAGGUCGGGAAUCGGUUCCCGGUUAGUUCCACAAGCGCGCGCCUGGGAGGACUACGACCAAACGGGCGUCGGGGUGUUUUCUAGAGACUUGAACAACGUCAAAAGCGACGACGUGACGGAUGUCAGGACGUUUCCUCGAAAUGUCUUGAAAGGCAACGAGGCCGAGACGGAGACCGAGCGGCGGGGAGGAGACGCGGGAGGAGAGCGGAGGUCCCCGGUGCACAGCGGCGGCUUGUCCACUUUCUCCAACGGCUCCGGGACCAAGCGGCUGCCGCAGGCCAUUAUCGUAGGGGUGAAGAAAGGCGGCACGCGCGCGCUGCUCGAGUUUCUCCGCGUGCACCCGGACGUGAGAGCGGCGGGAGCCGAACCGCACUUUUUCGACCGUUUCUAUGACAACGGAUUGGAGUGGUACAGAGACCUAAUGCCCAAGACCCUGGAUGGUCAGAUCACCAUGGAGAAGACGCCCAGCUACUUUGUGACUCGUGAAGCUCCAGCUCGGAUCUACUCCAUGUCACGGUCCACCAAGCUCAUAGUGGUGGUGAGGGAUCCGGUCACCAGGGCCAUCUCAGACUACACACAGACACUGUCCAAAAGGCCAGACAUUCCCUCCUUUGAGAGCCUGACGUUCAAAAACAGGACUACAGGCCUUAUCGACACCUCAUGGAGCGCCAUCCAGAUCGGCAUCUACGCCAAGCACCUAGACAACUGGCUCCAGUUCUUCCCCAUGCGUCAGAUCCUGUUUGUGAGCGGCGAACGGCUGAUCAGCGACCCAGCUGGAGAGCUCGGCCGAGUGCAGGACUUCCUGGGCCUCAAGCGGAUCAUCACCGACAAACACUUCUACUUCAAUCAGACCAAGGGCUUUCCAUGCCUGAAGAAGGCUGAAGGAAGCAGCAAGCCUCACUGUCUGGGCAAAACCAAAGGCCGAACGCACCCCAACAUCAACCCCGCGGUGGUGCAGAGGUUACGAGACUUCUAUCGGCCCUUUAAUAUGAAGUUCUACCAGAUGACUGGACACAACUUUGGUUGGGAUUGAAAGUGAACUACAAAAACUGAAAACUAUUUGUGUUAGUAAUGGCAAAAGAUGUGACAAUUGCUAUCUAUCUAUCUAUCUAUAUAUAUAUGUAAAUGUACAGAAAUCUAUUUUAUAAUAAUUUAUUUUUUAAUUUUUAAGCAAUUAAUUCACUAAGCUGCCUAACCAUAUUUGUACAGUGCAUCUGGCUCACAUUUACACCCCUGCCCCACAACAUUCCUACUUUUUUUUCCCCCUGCCUCCC